CCCCCUUCUCCCCUCCCCCCUCAUCGCAACCACAACACAACAACAACACCACCCUCAAACUUAACUUCGCGCAUCUGCGUUGCAUUGCAGUCAACAGGCAAGAUGUCGUCGCCAUCGCAUCGUCGACAGCGCAGUUCACAAAGUGGAACCCCACGCCGAACAUCCAAAAGAAGCAAUGUUCCCAGUAGCCCCCCUGAUCCGGCGGCAGCACAACUUCACAGCGAGGCAGCAUCGUCACAAGGCAAUGCUACUCCUCGAAGAGCGGCAGCACCUCCAUCUUCGUCGCCAAUGAACUACAGAUCAUCUCCUGCAGACAUCGCACGGAUGAACAGAGAACGAGAUGUCUCCUCACCCCUAAGACAGAUGACGAAUACGCAAACCACUCAAGAAGAUGGCGAGCGCACCCCUCGAGCAACUACUAGUGGGCUGAUUGGAGACUCUUCCCCUAUUCGAUAUGCACCCAGUUCUAGCCCUAGUGGCACAGGCUUCAAUGCCCGCCAACAAUCCAUUAUGUCCGACAUUCGAAGUGAUAGCAGUGGUCUGUUUGUUCGUAAUCGUGACGCGGGUCCUGGAUCUUCGAUCAAUAAUUCUCGCCGUGGAGACAUUAACUCUGACAAUAUCAAUACUCCUCGUGCAAGACGGCGCAUUUUCAUGGACGAAAGUGGCCGGGUUGUCCGAGAUAUCCCAGCUGAAGGUUCCGAGGCUCCAACUUUUUCUAACAUGGAUCCGACAACCUCUGAUGCGCAAGCAAUGGGAGGAAGCUCUACACUAUGUAUCUGGGGUACCAAUGUUUCUAUCAAUGACACCUUGGCUGUGUUCAAGGAGUUUCUUCGAAAUUUUACCAAAAAGUACCGCAUGUGGGGAGAUGGAAUGUCCGAAGAGGAAACCGAUGCGGAUCCAGAUGCGCAGACUAAGGAAUACGUCCAGAUGAUGCAAAAUAUGUUGACUCUUGGUGUCACCAGUCUGAACCUGGACUUCCGCAACCUCAAGGCAUACCCUCCUACCAAGAAGCUUUGGCAACAAGCUCAAGAUUACCCUCAGGAUAUCGUUACUCUUAUGGAUCAAGGUAUCAAGGAUGUGAUGUACGAACUCGCAGAAGCAGAGAUGGCCAAGAACAGGCAAUCCCAAAGCUCAGGAUCUGCCGCACAAACAUCGUCUCGUAGCAGAAUUUUGAGCUCUGAACCUCCUGUACCCAGCUCUGAUCGAAGUGAGCCCGAGCCACAAACACCAAGAGACCAGGAGUCAAACGAGGUCGACCUCUGCCAGGAGGUCCAGAAGCGAUCAUACAGAGUCCGUCCUUUUGGCCUUGAUUCCACCAUCAACAUGCGAGAGUUGAAUCCAUCUGAUGUCGACAAGAUUAUUGCGAUCAAAGGACUCGUCAUUCGAACCACACCAAUCAUUCCCGAUAUGAAAGAUGCUUUCUUCCGUUGCCAGGUGUGCAAUCAUACAGUCAAGGUCGAUAUUGACCGUGGCAAGAUCGCCGAGCCUACCAAGUGCCCUCGUCCAAUCUGUGACUCUCCAAACGCGAUGCAAAUUGUUCACAACCGCUCUGGAUUUAUGGACAAGCAGGUUAUCAAACUUCAGGAAACACCAGACUCUGUUCCAGCAGGUCAGACGCCUCACUCGGUCUCGAUGUGCGCAUACGAUGAGCUGGUGGACCUUUGCAAAGCUGGUGACCGUGUCGAGAUUACUGGUAUCUUUAAAGCCAGCCCAGUGCGAGUCAAUCCCAGAAUGAGAACUCUGAAGAGCACCUACAAGACAUAUAUCGAUAUUCUUCAUAUUCAAAAGGUUGAUAAGAAGCGAAUGGGCAUCGAUGUUUCGACUGUCGAUCAAGACCUUUCGGAGCAAAUCGCUGGUAAUAUCGAAGAAACACGAAAGGUCAGCGAAGAAGAAGAAGAAAAGAUCAAGGCUACUGCUGCCAGACCUGACAUCUACGAACUCUUGUCUCGGUCACUUGCACCCAGUAUCUACGAGAUGGACGAUGUGAAGAAGGGCAUUUUGCUUCAGCUUUUCGGAGGUACCAAUAAGUCAUUCGAGAAGGGCGGAAGUCCCAAAUACAGAGGAGAUAUCAAUGUGCUUCUCUGUGGUGAUCCUUCCACUGCCAAGUCUCAAAUCCUUCAGUAUGUCCACAAGAUUGCUCCUCGUGGCGUGUACACCAGUGGAAAGGGAUCUUCAGCAGUCGGCUUGACAGCAUAUGUCACUCGGGACCCCGAGACCCGCCAGCUGGUGCUCGAGUCAGGUGCUUUGGUUCUGUCAGAUGGAGGUGUCUGCUGUAUCGACGAGUUCGACAAGAUGUCUGAUGCUACUCGUUCAGUGCUUCACGAAGUCAUGGAACAACAGACUGUCUCGAUCGCUAAGGCAGGUAUCAUCACGACAUUGAAUGCACGAACCAGCAUUCUCGCUUCUGCCAACCCAAUUGGCAGCAAAUACAACCCAAACCUGCCAGUUCCUCAAAACAUCGACCUUCCUCCAACACUGCUCUCUCGUUUUGAUCUCGUCUUCCUGAUCUUAGAUCGCAUAGACGAAACUGCUGAUCGAAGAUUGGCGAGACAUUUAUUGAGUAUGUACUUGGACGACAAGCCACAGAGCGCAUCCAGCGGAAUGGAAAUUCUGCCCAUCGAAUUCCUCACCUCCUACAUCUCCUACGCCCGCACCACCUGCCAACCACGCAUCAGCCCCGAAGCCUCCGAAGAGCUCGUCAACGCCUACGUCGAGAUGCGCAAACUCGGCGAGGACAUCCGCGCCGCGGAGCGCCGCAUCACAGCCACGACCCGUCAACUCGAAUCCAUGAUCCGCCUGGCGGAAGCACACGCCAAGAUGCGCCUCUCCGAGACGGUCACCCGCGACGACGUCAAGGAAGCCGUCCGCCUGAUCAAGAGCGCACUCAAGCAGGCCGCUACAGAUGCCCGAACGGGCCUCAUCGAUAUGAGUCUCCUUACUGAGGGCACGAGCGCGAGCGAGAGGAGGAGGAAGCAGGAUCUCAAGACGGCGGUGCUGGCGCUGCUGGAUGAGAUGACGAGGCAGGGGCAGGCGGCGAGGUAUAGUGAGGUGGUCAAGAGGAUUGGCGAGCAGAGUAGUGUUGCUGUUGAGGGGGCGGAGUUUGCCGAGACGGUGAGGCUGUUGGAGCAGGAGGGGAGUGUGAUGGUUGUGGGUGAGGGGGCGAGGAAGGCUAUUCGGAGGGUGACGGGUGUUGCGUAGGGGUAACAUGAGGACUCGUAACGUUUUGGUCGCGACUCAUGUCUGCUGGUUGGGGACAGUGAUGAGGAUAAGGAUGAUUGAUUAGGCGUACCGAGGACGUUUCUUGAAUGUUUUCACGUUAAAUUUAGGGAUGAAAUGCAAGGAAGGGAAAUGGAUUGAUGGGUAAUGAAUGAUAGAUGAUCGAUCGAUCGAUCGAUCGAUUGAAGGAUUACUUACUAGUUACUGCUUACCCAAGAACAUAUACGUGGAUUACUGUUUAG